AUGUCUCUCCGCCCAUGUCUUCGCAACCCUUUACUACGGCGAAUCAGUCCUCUAUCGAGAACCUAUGCCGUUCAGACUCCGGGAAACCCGACUCUAGAGGUCUUCAAUAGGAGAACAAAAUUGUUACAGAAGGACAGGGCAGCAAAGAAUGUGAAUACCAGCCGGCAGGUUGAUUACCUGAAAGACGAGGUUGCAAUGCGACUGAGUGACAGAUUGCUGGAUAUCAAAAGACAUUUUCCAAACGUCCUUGACCUCGGCGCAAACAGCUGCAACAUAGCUCGGGCCCUAACUUCUACCCCAAUAUCAAAUGGCGAAGGCGGCGCAAGCACGGGAACUGGCGAGACCGUCGCAGACCGAAUAUCAAAAAUAACGUGCAUUGAGGAAUCCCGGAGUCUGCUCUAUCGAGAUGAAAAUCUCCCAUUUAACUCUCAAAUAUCCAUAACCCGUGAGGUUAUCCCGAGCAUUGAGAAUCUCCCUUAUGAACCAAACACAUUCGAUGCCGUCCUUUCGUCUCUAUCAAUGCACUGGAUAAAUGACCUGCCAUCCCUCCUCGCGCAGGUAAAUUCUAUAUUAAAGCCAGAUUGUCCGUUUAUGGCCGUGAUGUUUGGAGGGGAUACUUUAUUCGAAUUACGCACUUCCUUGCAAUUAGCAGAUCUCGAGCGCAGAGGUGGCGUAAGCCCUCAUGUAUCUCCGCUUGCUGACGUACGAGAUAUUGGCGGAUUGCUGACCAAGGCUGGAUUUAAACUGCUCACAGUCGAUGUGGAGGAUAUCGUGGUGGAAUACCCUGAUACAUUUGCCCUCAUGUCAGACCUCCAGGCUAUGGGGGAGAGCAACGCAAUCUUGCGAAGAGAAGCCGGGCCAAUUUCUAGAGACGUUUUAUUGGCGAAUGAAGCAAUAUAUAGAAGCUUACAUACGGAAGAAGGUGAGAGCAAUAUACCUGCUACCUUCCGGCUGAUAUAUAUGAUAGGAUGGAAAGAGGGAGAGGGACAGUCAAAACCGUUAGAGAGAGGCAGUGGGCAGGUUAAUCUCAAGGACAUCAUUGGGUCAGAAUAG